AUGUUUCAUACACAGUUUCUCCUGUUGAAUAGUUACUAUUACACUAAUACUACUACUACUCACAAUUUAACAGAUAUAUGGAAGCGUAAUAUAAAUGAGUUAACUAGAUAUAAUGAGGCAAACCCUGGAAAUAAAUGCAACUCUAAUAUAGAUAAGAAUGAAUGUAUACACGAUAAUGAUAGAUGUGAGUAUAUAAUUAAAGGUUUAGCAAAUGAUAAAAAGAUCGAAAGACAGCAAAUUUUGGCAGGAAGUCUGUUGAGUCAAGAAUCAGUAAUAUAUAAUGGUAAAUGUAGGGAAUUAAUUUUACCUCUAAUCGAAGAUAUUAAUUUAGAUGAUUUAAAUAUAGAUGAUGAUGACUAUUAUACAAUUAAUAAUGAAGAUAUUAAAUUUAAUAAAGAUUAUCAACCAUUGUUUACAAGAAGAAACAAAAAAGAGAUAAUAGAUAAUUAUGAUGAUGAUGAUAAGAAGAAGAAGAAGAAGAAUACGGGUAAGAAUGAUACUGACAAUGAUCAAACUGGGAUCAGAAAUCAACUAGUGAAUCCAAACUUUUUAAAAUUAUAUGCAAUUGAAAAUAGUGCGAUCAAAAAACAGAUCUUACCGGAAAUAAUAGUUGAUCUUGAAUUAUUGCAGUUGCUGGACUCAGCAAGAAUAAAUCAACUAGAUUUUGAUUCAAAUAUUAGAUUAGCCAUACUGACAAAAAAGAAAAUUUGGAUUGAUAUGUUAAAUAAUUAUAAUAGUAAUAAAAGAACUAUUACAGAUGAUAAACAUUUCCCAUGGAAUCUAGAAUUUGUUCCCAUAAACCAAGGGUGUAAUGACAAGAAUUAUGAUCAUAUUAUGCAACAACUACACUCAUCAGUAAUGAACUAUAAGCCUUGUGGUAAAAUAAGUAGAGGUUCAAAGCAUUCACACAUUCAGUACGUUGUCAAAGGUUGGUAUGACAGCAGAUUUCAGCAAUGA